AUGAAGACCUCUGCUCUCUUGACCGCUGGCCUGUUGGCCACCGCUGCCAUUGCUGCUCCUCUCACCGAGAAGCGCGCAGCUGCUCGCGCUGCCAAGCGUGGCACCGGCCGCAAAAGCAACCCCCCUCUCAAGCCCGGCACCAGCGAGGCCAUCAACCUGACCGGUUCCAAGAACACUGAGUACUCGUCCAACUGGGCCGGCGCCGUGCUCAUCGGCACCGGCUACACUGCCGUCACCGCCGAGUUCACCGUCCCCACUCCCUCUCUCCCCUCCGGUGCCUCCAGCCGCGAGCAGUACUGUGCCUCCGCCUGGGUUGGUAUCGACGGUGACACCUGCGACACCGCCAUCCUGCAGACUGGUCUCGACUUCUGUAUCGAAGGCAGCACCGUGAGCUACGACGCCUGGUACGAGUGGUACCCCGACUACGCCUACGACUUCAGCGGUAUCAGCUUCUCCGCCGGCGACGUCGUCAAGGUCACCGUCGACGCCACCAGCAAGACCGCCGGUACCGCCACCGUCGAGAACGUCACCAAGGGCACCACCGUCACCCACACCUUCAGCGGUGGUGUUGAUGGCGAUCUCUGCGAGUACAACGCGGAGUGGAUCGUCGAGGACUUCGAGGAGGACGACUCCCUCGUCCCCUUCGCCGACUUCGGCACUGUCACCUUCUCCAGCGCCUCCGCCACCAAGAGCGGCUCCAGCGUUGGUCCCUCCGGCGCCACCAUCAUCGACAUCGAGCAGAACAACAAGGUCCUCACCUCCGUCUCGACCACCAGCAGCUCCGUCACCGUCGAGUAUGUUUAA